GCUACAGGGUCACAAUAUAAAGAGAUAGCAGAGGAUCAGUGCAACAGUGCUUUAGGUCUGUUUGGCCUCAACCAAUCUGUCUGGGAAAUACUUUGAUUAUAGUGUGCCAUGGCUGUUGGGUGCAUUUUCAGAGUGUCUUGGUUUUGUUUGUUGCUGUUUGGUGGCAGUCUUCCUUUUCCAUCAAUGAAGGGUUACAGCUAUACCUCUGACAAUCCUGAAAUUGGGGUUGAUAAAGAUGACGAGCUACACACUUCUCAUACUGUAAGGUUUGAUGCAUAUAGCCAAGAAAAAGGCUAUUCAGACCGAAGCAAAAAAGUCCCACUAGCUACAGCUCCAAAGCAGGCACCGUUGAACCCCGAGGAAGGGCCGGGGAUCCAGGGAGGCGGAGCUGUGGAGUUUGGCCAGAAAAAUGCUGAGAUUGAAGACCAGAAACUUGUCAAGCCAGUGACAUUCCCUCUAAACCCUCCCAACCAGCAUGAUUACUCGUUUGAGGAGCAGUGGGGCAGCACGAAGCCUCAGUUCCCACCCUCUGACACUAAUGGGGGUUACUCUAGCUCUGCACUGUACCUCGAUGUCCAGGCUGGUUCACAAAGCUAUUCCCCUAACCUUGUCUAUGAGGACUUUUCUCAAUACCCAGCUGUUGAAGCUGCACUGCUUCCUUCAACAGAUGAUGACCCCUACACCUAUGACUCUGUGAAAGCGGAACAGUCAAGCAGUUGGUCCUCUGAUCGUUACAUUACCAGAGAAGAGCCGGCGUUCUCCAGUAAUGCAGGUAACUGGGCCCAGGCCGCGCAGACCAUUAGCGCACAGAUCCUGGAGGCUGAAGCAGUACCUAGUACGGACACUAAAGGGGGUGACUCUAGCUCUUCACUGCACCUUGACCUCCCAGCUGAUGUACAAGAGGGUUCACAAAGCUAUUCCCCUAACCUAGUCUAUGAGGAUGUUUUUCAAUACCCUGCUGCUGAAACUGCACAGCUUCCUUCAGAAGAGAGUGACCUCUCCGACUACAACUCUGUGAAUGUGGUCCAGCCAAGCACUUGGUCUUCUGCUCCCUACAUGACUAGAGAAGAGGAGCCGGUUUACGUCAGUAAUUCAGGUGACUGGGCCCAGGCAGUGCCGACCAUUAGCGAACAGACUCUGGAGGCUGAAGCAGUACCUAGUACUGACACUAAAGGGGGUGACUCUAGCUCUUCACUGAACCUCAACUUCCAAGCUGGUGCACAAGAAGGUUCACAAAGCUAUUCCCCUAACCUUGUCGAUGAGGCUGUUUAUCAAUACCCAGCUGCUGAAGCUGAACAGCUUCAUUCAGAGGGGGUUGACGCCUCCAAGUAUGACUCCAUGAACGCAGUCCAGCCAAGCACUUGGUCCUCGGCUGCCUACAUGACCAGAGAAGAGGAGCCGGUAUUCUCCAGUCAUACAGGUCACUGGGCCCAUGCUGCUCCUGUUGAAACCCCUGCCUACCCAAGCUAUGUGGCUGAUUUAGGCUUGGACUCUACUUCAAGUAAAGCCGCUGCACAACCAGUCCUCUUCGAGCCACCGAAGAAGGCUCCUCAGCUUCCCAGCUCCAAGUGGCUUCAGAGGCCAAAGAAGGUGAGGGACCAGACUGCAUCUACCUACGUUGUCCAAUCCAAGGGCUCACACCGCCGAAGCCGCCAGAUGUUAUCCAAGAAGAAGUACUUCAGCGGUUUCCCUCCACCGCCCCCAUCCGUGCUUAUGGCUCUGAGACCGUAAGGGGUCAAUGGUGACCACUUGGCCUUCAAUCAAUUGUGUAUUUUUCCCACUUGCUUCCGGAUUUCUACACUGACUAUACCUUCAGUAAUGCUUAACACUUUCAGCAUAAAAGCUUGUACCCUGUAAAGAAUAAACAAAAUGUAACUAUUUAAA